AGAGGCUCGGGGCUGACUUUAGGUCGAAUGGCGGUAGACGGACGGGUUGCCAGCGGCACGAAAGUUUCAUCCCGUUUGACCGUUCAUGUCGCGCCGCUGGUGCGAGUGGGACCGUAGCAGCUCGCGGGCUCUCUGGACUAUGUGCCGCUGCAAAUAGUGAUCCAGGAACAGAACCUGGGACUGGACUUUCGGGUUAAGAUUCGGCUGGGAUCGGAAGGCAGCUCUCACCGGGUAAGCAACGUUGUCGCGGUGAGCGACAAGUGCCUGCUGACAUGUUCCACCACGAGUACGAGAAGCGGCUGGUGAAGCCGCUGGCGGCCGUCGUGACGGGCGACAUGCCGCCCAGCAUCGUCGCCACCUACUCACCCGCCUACUUCUCGCCCGCGAAGACGUCGGCCUGCAACAACAGCUACGACCGCUUCAUACCCACCCGCUCGGGCAACAACUGGCAGACCACGUUCUCGAUGAUCACCGAGAGCAGUCGGAGCGGCCUGGUGGCGAAGAAGACGCGCGAGAACGGUGAGGGUAGCCGCGACGGCAUCGCGUACUCCUGUCUGCUGAAGAACGAGCUGCUCGGAGCGAGCAUAGAGGAUGUGAAGGGGCAGUGCGAGGAGCGCAGGGUACUGUCGCCGUUGGUCACCAAGAAUCUCUUCAAGUACACCACGCCAACCAAGGAUCGUACCUUGCUCGACCAGAGCUCGCCGUACUCUCUGUCGCCGCUCAGCGCCAAGAGCCAGAAGCUACUCAGGUCGCCCAGGAAGGCGACCAGGAAGAUCUCGAGAAUACCGUUCAAAGUGCUGGACGCUCCUGAGUUACAGGACGAUUUUUAUCUUAAUCUGGUUGACUGGUCCUCGCAGAACGUUCUUAGUGUUGGCCUGGGAAGCUGCGUGUACCUCUGGUCAGCGUGCACCAGCCAGGUUACGAGACUGUGUGAUCUCUCCAGCGAUGGCAAUAGCGUCACCUCUGUCGCCUGGAACGAGCGAGGCAAUCUGGUGGCAGUGGGCACUCACAUGGGCUACAUACAAGUAUGGGACGUAGCGGUGAACAAGCAAGUGAGUAAACUGCAGGGUCACAGCGCCCGGGUAGGCGCCCUAGCAUGGAACGGGGAAGUGCUCUCGUCUGGUAGCAGGGACCGAUUGAUACUGCAGAGGGACGUGAGGACACCGUGCGUGGUCGGUGAACGGCGACUUGGUGCUCAUCGGCAGGAAGUCUGUGGCCUGAAAUGGUCACCUGACAAUCAGUACCUGGCAUCGGGUGGCAACGACAACCGGCUCUACGUAUGGAAUCUGCACUCUCUCUCGCCGAUCCAGACAUACACCGAACACCUAGCGGCGGUCAAAGCGAUCGCCUGGUCACCUCAUCAUCACGGCCUGUUGGCGUCCGGUGGCGGUACCGCCGACCGCUGUAUCCGUUUCUGGAACACGCUUACGGGCCAACCGAUGCAGUGCGUCGACACGGGCUCGCAAGUCUGCAAUCUGGCGUGGAGCAAGCACAGCUCCGAACUGGUCAGCACACACGGCUACUCGCAGAACCAGAUCCUCGUGUGGAAGUAUCCGAGUCUCACGCAAGUGGCCAAGCUCACUGGUCACUCGUAUCGGGUACUCUAUCUAGCGAUGUCACCGGACGGGGAGGCGAUCGUCACCGGCGCCGGUGAUGAGACCCUGCGCUUCUGGAACGUCUUUAGCAAGGCGCGCAGCCAGAAGGAGAACAAAUCCGUGCUGAAUUUGUUCACGAGUAUCCGAUAAGCGAGUGUCACCGUCACCAUCAUAGUGUUUCCGUCGCGCGGACGUCAUCUUUUAAUAUGUAUCUGUACAUAUUUAUACACAUAAUUACACAAAUAUCGUAGCGUUCUAAAAGAAUUUUAUAUAUAUAUAUAUAUAUAUAAACGUAUAUAACUACGCUAGAGGUACUAGAAGAAAGAUACUUAGAGAGUUGUAUAGAGAUAAGAAUUACGUGUAGCUAUAAUUCUCCGCACAGCCUGCAAUAUACGUUGAGUACUUGUGUGCAAUACUUGUCGCUACUCUUCGGUAGAGACUCAGAGGAUAUAUAUAACGUGUGUGUGUGUGUGUGUGUGUGUUCCUCUCCUUCAAGGAGAAGUGAAGGAAAAUUGCGCCCAUAGUUCCGAGGCUAUCGCCCCGCGAGACGCUCUAUAUUUUUUAUGCACUUUAUAUACACUUACUUUUAUACCGUUGCUAUGCGACAGAAUCGCGAAUAUUUGUACAGGGUGUCCCGGUAAACCGCGACGUGGUCAAAGACUUUGGCGGCGAUUUUUCUCUCAAUGAAAUGGUUGAUGCGCCUAAAUUGCAAGGAAUUAAGAUUUUUGGAGUUUGAAAUUAAAUUACAAAAUAUUUGCUAUUAUUAUAACUAUUUUGCUUAAAUUAAAGUGAAUUUUCGUGUUUGAGAUACGAUUUGAUAAGAUAAUGAGAUCACAAAACUUUCCUCGAGAAAAAUCGACGUCAGAUUUGCUAAAGGAUUAAUAAUUAUGCCGGAGCACCCUUUACGUUUUCGUACUCUAAAACGUAUCUUGUGCAUCGUACGCGAUAAUGUUGCAACGCAUACACGAUAUACUUUGCUACAGACCAUAUUUUGCUAUAAACUUCGAUCGACAGAGUUACCGCGCAACAAUCUAUUAUGUAUUUUAUUUUGCGAGGUCUCAUGAUCGCAGGUUCCUUUCAGGGGCGACCACCGUAUUUUUGUAACUUUUCAAAAUGCUGCGUGCUGCGUGUCCGCUCAGAUAUAUUUGCAGGCUGAUCAGUCAAACUUGAUGAGAGAAGAGAGAGAGAAAUCAAUGCAAAUCCUAAUGUGGGAAGGCUGUCUUAAACUUUUUCUAUUGAAAUCUCGAGAAAUGUGUGGACUCUAGUAGUCACUAUUAGAAAUAAAUUUUUGUACGUAUCGGAGUUUCUGUUACAUUCUUAUAUGACUAACAUUAAUUUAUAGUUUGCGAUCAACAAAUUGUACAAAUUUAAAUUGAGACGUGACUUAUAUAAAUCUGUGCUACUAAUUUAUAUUAUAUAUCAAAACAAAUAUAUAUAAUAUAUCGCGUAUUGAUAUUUUGCGUAUAUUAUUCACGGAUCACGAAAAAUAAAGAGUCAAACGAAAGCAACUAUUAUCAUAUGUUUGCGAGGACGUAUGUAAUAAAGCAAAGAAGAGAAAAAAUAAAUCUAUAUUGAAAUUAGAAGAUGCAAUCUUCAGCGAGAUGAUCAUUUCGUCUAUGAAUUGUCAUCCGCCGAAUACGCGAUUAUUCGCAUUGUAUGAUUAGUGUAUAGAAUAUUUUUAUAUGAUGGCUAAUGUCAUUAAUAAUACACAUGCAAGCUUGUGACGCUUUGCUUACGAUUCACGUGCGAUCAUUUAUCAGACGGGCGCACCGGAAGGAAAGAGAAAUGCAAAUUGCAACGCUAUAAUGCUGUACAUAUUCUGUAUGCGCUACCCGUGCUUCUUACAUGAUAAGCUGAUUACAAAUUAAUAGCGACGUGCUUUCACCGCAAUUCUUAUAUAAGAUGCGAUUGAUGACAUAUAAUUAUAUUGAAAUUUUGGUUCUUGUAACGAGCAUCGGUGCAAAGUUGCACAUGCGUAUGAUCGUAAACGGUAUCAAUUCUCUUCAGGUGUCCCAUGAAAGAAAAUGUAAGACUGGAAGAAUGAUAUGCGGGGCAUUGAUAACAUUAUUACGACUUGUACAUUACAGGUUGUUUAAACAUAUUUUGAAAAGGUUUAAAAGAUUGAAAAGAGAAAUAUAUAAAUAAGAUAAAAAGAAAAGUUAAUAUAUUACGCAUGACACUAACGCAGAUUAAAAGUCCACUAGUCAUCUCUUCCCGGACUGGAUCUAUAUAUUCUUUUUUAGAUUGAUUAUUUUUGAAUUUUAUUAUUUAUAAGAAUUGAUAGUUUUUCUUCCUCAGCUGAUCUGAGGGAUACCGUUUGCGAUCUUAAUAUAUGCAUGAAUCAUUUAAACGUUGAGAAUUUUUUAUAUUUUUUUGAAAAAUGUAAUCUGCAAAAUAUGUGUGAAGUCUAAUGUAUAUUGGAUAUCUCUCUAUAAAGCAACGUAAAAAUUUAUUAUUGGUAUGUUACUGCAGAUGCAUUGCAAGUCUAAUGUCUUAUAUGCAUAGUUUAAUAAAUGUUGAGAUACCAGAUACUUACGAAUGCGCGUGUAGAAAAUGUAUGAUAAAAUAUUACUUUUGGCAAUCACGCGCUGUAAUAUCCACAAUUAUUGGUAUGUAUAAUCGGUAUCGAUAUUAUAAUAUAAUGCCGAUUUAUGAUCUUAAUUCUCAUUGCGUGCAAUGUUUUCAUAACGCAAACAAUUGAUAAUUUUUUAAAUUGUUAGUUUUGCGAAUCGCCGAUGCAAGUAUUAAUCGAUAAAAAUAUCUUGCGAAUUAAGUGCAUACAUAUUAUAACGUAACGUUUAGUGAAAAUCAGUUUUGUAUUGAUCAUUAACUUGAUGAUAAUUAUAAGAGAAUUCUGUCGUAUAUACACGAUCACAUAUAUAUUUGUAUUAUUGGAUUAUAGUUUUAUAUGAUUUUGAGACACAAAACGGCGAAAAUUUAUGCAUUAAUAUAUAUAUAUACACACGAAACGUAAUUAUACUUUUCAAAGUUCGGCUAUUGUGUAACUAUUGUGUAACUUGCAAGUCAGAUAAAUAAAAAUGUUGAAAUAAAA